UAGACAAUCAAGCAUGGGCGGCACGCCGGGACGGGCCGCAUUGCGCCGACAAAGUGCGAGCGCUGACGACCUCGCGUCACCAUCCACGUGGAAGCUUCCUGCGCUUGCAAAUGCGUCGACGGACCUCCGGUGUUUUAACUGCGGCACCGUGCACCGCAACCCAGCGCUGCGCGAGACGUAUCGCUACUGUCUUCACUGCCGAAAGGUCCUCCGUGAGUCCAUCGAAUGCGAUACCGCGCUCCUCAGUGAUGCGCCGCUCAACCAGCUGCAUAUUCUUGCAGCAUCGUACGGACACCCGAUCGAUCCGGCGCUUGCCAUCGAUGUCACCAGUUUUGUUCGCGCUCGACUGACUGUCACGUCGUCCACGUCGGAGAUGUAUCUCUCGAACGACGUUUCGGAGCUCACCUUGGUUGACCCUUCUCCGGGUAUGCUCAAGAUGCUUAUUCUUCGCUACGUUGUACCCAACUUCAACCCGGCGCUGACCCGUCGCGGUGAAGUCUAUGCGCGGGAAGUGCAGCCGCAGACGUUAGCGACGCCCAUCCGGCUCUCCUUCACCGUGGAUCGACCUCCAAAGCUGUGGAUUCUCAUGGGACGCUACGGCCACCGUGCUUCCUCGACCAAGGGUCUUGUACUCGACGUCACGGAGCGGCUCACGGCGUGGAUCGACUUGUACGGCUACGGCUGCCACCUCUGCAUUCCGUCGACACAAGCGCUUGUCGACUGGCUCGGCGACCCAUGCCCAGGGCUUACCAAAGCGCUCACGUUGCACUACGAAGUGAUUGGUCGAGCGGGCCAAGCGCGUCAGUACGAAGUGGAUGGCCAUCUCAAGGAAGACAUUGUGAUCCAGCACCUUCCGGUGGUCUCGCCCGGUGUGCUCAUCGAGCACGCCGACUAUGGCUGGCCGAUCAAAGAGCUCCAGCGCAAGAUCGUGGACCUACAAGCUCAAGUUGCACUUGGUGACACAGACGCGGCACCACUCUUGGCGCAAUUCCAAGCGCUUCCAGCACAUAGCGCGAGUUGCGAUGUCACGGCGCCGCUGCAAGCAAGUGUACGGUCGCAGCUCGAACUUGGUGCGCGUAUGAACCUCAACCAACUCGGCGGCGACCCGUGCCCCGGGUUACCAAAGCGUCUCGUUGUAGACUAUGCAUACCUUGGCUUUGGGGAGAGUGGUAACGACAACGAGAUUCUAACGGGCGGCCACUUGCGCAAUUUCACAAACCGGUUUGGGGGCAAACUCAAGCUGGACGUGAACCGUGAAGGGUUCGUCCAGGAACCGGUGUUGCUGCAGCCGCACACGGUGUUUCCGCCAUUGCAGAUUGUUCGAGCAUUUUUUGGGCACCCAACAAAUGCGCUCAAGACGUACGACAUCACCGACGUGGUCGCGACACUUGCGGGCAAAGCCAAACACGCCAAAGCGCUUGUGGUGCCCCGCACAAUGGAUUUACUGGCGCAGUUUGGUGACCCGUGCCGGGGCAUGCGCAAGGCCCUCACGAUCAACUACAAGGUGCUGGGCAUGUCCGGCCAUCUUGCGAUCCCCGCGACCAACGACAACCACCUCGUUGCAACACUCGUCCUCGGGUAUCCGCCCGAGACGCGCGACGCGGGUGUCGCUGGCAAGAUGAGUUGGGCGGAGCGCAUGGCCUCGAGCGCGAUGACGCGCGCGACCAAGCAAACAGCGCGCGACCGCAUGCGAAGCAGCGCCAGCCUUCGCAUGUGGUCGAAUGAAACGUAGACACUGUGUAUGUUGUCUU